AUGUCCUCCACCGCGGUCCCAAAGCGCGUUGCGCUUCACAGGAACAUCACCACCGACUCGUCCGCCGCCAGCUCCAACUCCGUUUCUCCCAUGGACAGCCCUCGCCAGUCGCCCUCGACCACGUCCCUGUCGUCGCUGGCCUCGGAACAGCAGGAGGUGAAGAGCACAAAGAUGGUGGAUACCCUUGGCAAUGAGUUCCAGAUCCCCGAUUACACCAUCAAGCAGAUUCGCGAUGCCAUUCCUGCGCAUUGCUAUGAGCGGUCUGCGGUCACCGGUCUGUAUUAUGUCUUGAGGGACUUUGCCUGUCUCGCUACCACUUUCUACCUCUUUCACAACUAUGUGACCCCGGAAGCCGUGCCCGAUGUCUACCUUCGCUCUGGUCUGUGGGCUCUGUACACCUUCAUUCAGGGUCUGUUUGGUACUGGGGUGUGGGUUUUGGCUCACGAAUGCGGCCACCAGGCUUUCUCGACUUCCAAGGUUCUCAAUGAUACCGUUGGCUGGAUCUGCCACUCUCUUCUCUUGGUGCCCUACUUUUCCUGGAAGAUCUCCCACGGCAAGCAUCACAAAGCUACCGGUAACCUGAGCAGGGACAUGGUCUUUGUGCCCAAAACUCGCGAGCAAUUUGCCUCUAACGUGGGCAAGGCUAUUCACGAAGUUUCAGAACUCAUGGAGGAAACCCCUAUUCUCACUGCCAUUAACUUGGUUCUGCAACAGCUUUUCGGCUGGCCCAUGUACCUUUUCAUUAACGUGACUGGUCAUAACAACCACGAGCGCCAGGUCGAGGGCCGUGGCAAGGGCAAGAGAAACGGAUACUUCGGUGGUGUCAACCAUUUCGACCCUCGUAGCCCUCUGUACGAGGCCAAGGAUGCCAAGCUCAUCCUCCUCAGUGACUUGGGAUUGGGCCUCGUUGGUGCUGGUCUGUAUUAUCUUGGAUCCACUUUCGGCUGGCUCAAUCUGCUUGUGUGGUACGGUGUGCCUUAUCUCUGGGUUAACCACUGGCUGGUGGCCAUCACGUACUUGCAACACACCGAUCCCACCCUGCCUCACUACGACAACGAGACCUGGAACUUCACACGUGGUGCAGCAGCGACAAUUGACCGCGAAUUCGGGUUCAUUGGUCGUCAAUUGCUCCAUGGAAUUAUUGAGACUCACGUAUGCCAUCACUAUGUCAGCACCAUUCCGUUCUACCACGCGGACGAAGCAACCGAGGCUAUCAAGAAGGUGAUGGGCAAGCACUACCGCACCGAAGCACACACAGGUCCUCUUGGCUUCAUCAAGGCUAUGUGGACUAGCGCGCGUACCUGCCAGUGGGUUGAGCCUAAUGAAGGAGCCCAGGGCGAGAGCAAGGGCGUAAUGUUCUUCCGCAACAUCAACGGCGUGGGCCUGCCACCUGCGAAGCUGCCCAAGCCAGCAUCAUAG